UAGCCUAGCUAUGCAAUUCCUUCAAUAUUCCGAAGCAGCCACAAUACGAAAGGAAUUUGAGAUCUGAGCAAACGGGAAUGAAGUUCUUGUUCCAUUGCCCCUGUUGCUCAUGCUUUUGCUUCAUGAAGCCCAAGAAGAAGAAAGCAAAGGCAAAGGAGGUCAAGGUACAUUAUGAAGCCAAAGAAGAAAAGAACAAGUGACAACUGACAUGCAACUCCACGGCUUAGAGCUGUCUUUCCUUUCUACUUGUCAAUAGUCUUCUAUGUAUGUGUGCCUACUUUGUAAGGUUUGAACCAUUCACACAUUUUUUCUUCCAUCCAAUUUUUACCCACUUUUUCUUAUCUUUCUGUCUUCUCUUCCUAGUUUUUGCUGAGUGUGUGGAAUUGGGGUGUGAAUGAAGUUUUAUAUUGUACUGCUUUCUUCAUUUGACAUUGCCAUGAUAUCCAAAUAUCAAUUCAAAAUGUAUGAUGCCUUCUACUGGCACUGACACUGCUAAGGAUAGAAAAUAAAUCUGCCAUUGAUUGUCAUGCUAAAUUCCAUUCGGUUUGUAGAUUGUUUGAUGACACGGAAUUCUAUUUUGUCUUCUAAGUCGUUAGUUCUCUGUUAUCUCAGUAAAUAUGCAUACUUUUUUGUUAAAAUUUGCACUUGAUUCUUUGAUCACUGUGUGUGUAAAUACUUCCAAAAUUAUGCCCUUUUGGGUUUGUAAUUUAAAGAAAUAGGAAUCAACAUCAUUUCCCUCCAUAAUUUUCACCAAAUAGAAAAAGAUAAGAAACAAAAGUGAAGAAAGGAGAUCAAUAUGAGUUUAUAUAUUUUUAUACAUUGGUACAUUUUGUGCUUUUAUUUGCUUCUUAAAGCUUUUGUUUCCUUCUUGAUAUAUAGCAGUGCUGAAUAAGACGGAUAUGGUGUUGGCCCCAUGCACCUCCCUUCAUCCUCCGAUAAUAAUUUUCGCUACCUGAGCCAGCGCAGUGUGAGAUGAACCACCUGGCGACAAAGCCUUUUCAGCACUGUGCUUGAUCUCUUUCACUCUCUUCGUCACGGCACUGAUCCUUCCGUCACGCAACUGAAUCACCUCUCUCACCAUGCUCGCUAUCUCCUCCCUCCUCACCACCUUCUUCGUGGGCAGCUCCUUCGUUCGCACCGCCACGCCUAGCUCCUCCGCCAGCAACGUCGCGUUCAUCCUUUGCUCAGCAUACAGAGGCCAUGCGAUCAUAGGCACGCCGCUCAUCACACUCUCCAGGGUUGAACCCCACCCGCAGUGCGACAAGAACGCGCCAACCGAACUGUGCCUCAAAACCGUUACUUGUGGGGCCCACUGCGGAACUACCAAGCCCACUUCCCAAGUCCUCUCAACAAACCCUUCUGGCAACACACCAUCCCAAUCAUCACUAGUUCCACGCCCCAUCGUCAAAUAAGCCGCGUCCGUAACUCCUUCGGUGGGCGCGCGCACCACCCAAACAAACCUCUGCUCGCUCAAUUCCAAACCAAACGCUAUCUCCCUCAUUUGCUCAUACGACAUCGUUCCUCCGCUUCCGAACAACACGUAAACCACUGAAUCCCUAGGCUGUUUGUCCAACCACUGCACAACCCACCCGGAAUCCCAACCCGUUUCCGAAUCAGGUUCCCUCAUGAUGGGUCCCACCGCGUAGACCGGGACCUUCAAGACCCGACCCAUUAAAUUUUGGUCUCUUAGUGCCUCAAGGUCUCUACACUGAAGCUCCUCCCACGUAUUGACCAAAACGCCGUCGCUUCUCGGAAUUGCUUUUCCUAGUGUUAGACACUCCGAGUACUGCAUGUCGUUCCGGUCCUGCAUGGGGUCGAAAACGUCCUCCGGCCGAACCGGGCUUGACCCGGGUAUUGUAAGCGGCUUGUUCUGGUCCACAUACUGUCCUUCAAUUAUUUCAUCCAGCACCGACAAGUACACGAGCAGCGACAGAAACCAAGCAUGUGAAGUCACGUACACGAAUUUUCGGAUAUUGAGUUCAGCGGCAACUGGCAAGGAAUCUGUCCCAAAAAUGUCAACAAUGAAAGCGGAGGGACGGAGCUGCAUGGUGGAGAGCGCUGCUCGGAUGGCGGGCACGGCGGCGCGCAUCGUCAUGCAGAGGCGAGUGGCAAGAGCGGCUCCAGCUCCGGCAGGGAGGUCAGGCGGUGGUAUCUCGAUGACAUCGCAGAGAGAUGAUCUCAGAACCUCUGCUUCGGCGUUGGAGGCUUGGAAAGUGACGGCGAGGAUGGUGACUUUGAAGUUGUGGUGACGGAGGAAGCGCUUGCCGAGCUCGAUGAUGGGGAUGAGGUGGCCCAAACCAGGACUGGAAAAAAGAACCACGUGUGGUGGUUGGUUCUGCAUGUCUUCCAUAUGUGAUGACUGUGUUAUAAAAAUAGGCUUGAUCGUGAUGGAAAUCACUUUCCUUAAAGUAUUUCAAGCACUCUUUGAAUUUCGUCUUAGAGUUUGGAUGCAAGAAUACCCAGGAUAAUCAGCCUUGGUUCGAGUUUGCACAAGACUAAUGAAAACUCGAUAAGCAGCGAAGUAUUUUCUGGAAAACAGAGGAUAAGAUUGUGUGUUCUGAAUUCUGAACAUGCACUCUAUUUAUAGGCAAAAACAGAACAAUUCAUAAGGUUGCGACCCUUCAUGAAUUAUGUCUGUUACCAACAAAUAUGUGAAUAAUUGCGACCCUUCAUGAACAGGUGCAAAAUUCGAAAAACAAACAAACAGACGUUACGGCAACCGAGUCGCCGUCGUGUACUUGCCGGUGCCGUCUACAAGCCGCCACUAGCGCCUCAAGUGCCGUGCCGUCUACAAGCCGCCACUAGCGCCUCUACACCCACGCCGAGGGGUGGUGUGAAUGGAACAUGUGACAUAAAAGCUUGGGACCACCAAACCAUGCACAUGUAGCACUACAUCCUCACUUUGUCUCUUUGUUGAAUGGUUGGCAUUUAAUGAUAUAUAAAUGCUUUGGAAAGUUGCUCCACUUUCUAUGUGGGACUUCAUUCCAAUCCAUUCAAUGCAAAAUCAACACACUUGUCAUUUUGGAACACUAUGUAAUUAUUACUCCUUGAGUAAUUAUUACAACAGACUGAUGAGUAGGAAAAGGAAGGAGAAAGGGAUCAAUUUGCUAAGCUCGCAGCUAUUUUGUAGCUAUUUGGCUACAGUGUAUAGUCCACAACAGGAACAAAUAUGUAUGAUAUAUAUCGACAAUCCCAGCUCAACUUUCUGGUCCACUAAUUAAAUAUUGCCAUUUUGAUUACAAAAGAAACGUGUCAAUGCCAAACUUGGAUGGUGAUUUUUUAAAAUUUAUUUGUGGUACAGGGAAUAUGUGAAGCCUCUGGCUUAGAUUACAUUGUUUGUUUGGUCCAAGUCGGUGGUCACUUAAUUGGGGGAUUUGAAUUUUGAGAGAAGGUUGUCAUCUAAGCAAAGGACUGGGAUUUCAUUUCAUAUAGAAGUGUCUAGUCAUUGACUCAUUGUAUCUUGCUUUUGGUGAUCAUGGGUUAUUGUUUACAUGGAUUUUUGGGAAACAAAUAUCCUCUUAGUUCGACUAAAGGAAGUUUAGAUUUAGGGUCCUUUUGAGAAAACGCUUUGCCAAAGUGUUGUGUGUGUGUAAGUGCUUUUUCGACGACAACGAGUUGGUUUAAACAGAACUGAAUUUCAUUAAGCACGGGUCAAUUACAAAGAAAUCACAUACAUCAAAAUAACACAAAAGCUACAAGAGAUAAGGAUCUCGACAGGAAAAUGCAUACAGGAACUGGGAAUUAACAAGCUUAAAUACAAGAAAACUAAAGUGUUGGUUCUGCAACAUACUCCUUCAUCAUCACGUUUUGCUCCUUGAGUCUCAUUGAUGCGGACAUUUGGAGCUUUUUGGUGAAUUUUCAGAGUUUGAGUUGGGAACCCUCUUCCUGAAUUGGAUUCUCCUAUUUAUAGAGCUUCGUGCCCCGCGUGUCUUUGACGGUUUUCCUCCUCAAUGGAUAGGUUAGUGGGCCUGGUUUCCCCCCACGAUUUGAUGCUUGCUCCGGAAGUUCCAUGCAUGGUGGUGGAGAUCGUGUGCUUCAACUGCUUUAACUGUUUCCUGGCCACGUUUUCGACCAUCGUGGGGAGAAUUUGACUUGGUCAAUGUGGCACGUGUUACAUGUGCUUGUGUUUAGUGGUGAUUGUUAUUGUCGAAUUUGGCUGUCCCAUUAACUUGGUGCAUUUUCCUUUCCCUUUCUUAAGUCCGAAUUCUACUACCUUGAGUGUUUUGGGCUGAAUGCGUUUUUUUCUCUCUUGGGCCAAAAUAUUGGGCCAACAGAUGCCCCCCAAAAAUGUUGAUUCUCGACUACUAGAUCUUGGAGGGAUCAAGCAUUUUUUGCUCGUGCAAUUCGACUGAGCUUGACGGUUGUUCGCGACUUUCCACUUUUCUGACUUCAAGUCCCAUCAGAGAUCCAAUCGUUUGACUUUUCCUCCAAUCAGAAGCCUUGACGUCUGACUUCGUCUGCCGUGUGCCGUCUCUACUUUAGAGUAAUCAUGGCCCUUUUCUAGCCUUUUCAUUAGGGUUUGCGGUUAUAUAAUAAAAUAACCGUUGGAUUUCAAAAAAAAUUUAUGCAACGUUCUAUAAUGCAGCUUCACGUCCGACUCUUCGUUUGCCUAUAAAUACGCCAUUGUUGGCCUUCUGCAAGCUUUACCGUUUUUUCAAACACUCAAGCUUUCAAAUCCUCAAGCUUUCGAACACUCAAACUUUUGCCUGAUUCUGCUUGUGACCACCUUUCAUCAUUUGGUUUCUGUUUUCCCCGUGUAUUCUCUGAACAUUUCUAUGGCUUCUGGUUCUGGUUCUGACAAUGUCAUCCCUUUGGCUGCUGCAUGUGAGAUGAAUGAAGCCAAACGCACUCCCAUUCCAGAUCCGCCGUAUGACGUGGAGAAACGGGCUAUCUGGAAAUCCCAGGUAUUUAUUCAUAUAUCUGUGAAUGGCAAUUUACGUGCCAUUUUAGGCCCUUUGAAGAAGGCAAAGAAGGGCAGACCUAACAGUCUCCCUGAGGGCUACGAGCAUUUUCACCCCAGCAUUCGUGGGGAUGAGCUCAUUCUUGCAUUUCAACCUUCUUACCGCUUCCCUUUUCUGAAAGAUCCCAAAAGGACUUUCAGGUCUGCGCCUCCUAACCCAUCUGCUGGUGAAGGAGCCUAUCUGAGAUGGCUCGACAGGGUGGAGGCCAGUAAGUCUGGGCAUUGGAAAGUGACUGGAAUUUUCGACCUCAUUCAGUUGUCGAGGUCGCCGAUUACUUAUAACCCUGCUAUGCUUCUGAGCUCUCUUUUCUUUUGGGAGCGGUCCACCAAUAGCUUUCAUGUCCCCUUUGGGAUGCUUUCUCCCACUCUUCUCGAUGUUGCUGCAAUUACUGGCCUCUGGGUGGUGGGUGAUGAUUACCAUUCUUCUGUUGCUCCCACCAAUCCUAUUGCCAUUCCAACAGAUAACAUUGCUUUCAGUAAGUUUAUUAAAGAUCACUAUGUCGAGAAUGGUGAAGUCUCUGAUGCUGAGCAUGUCGCGUUUCUACUGUAUUGGCUUUCUGCUUAUGUGUUCUGCACCAAGUCUUUGAGGAUUCCGGCUAAACUCCUUCCUUUAGCCAAUCUGUUACACGAGGGUCGAAUUAUCGCCAUGGCCAGGCUCGUGCUCGGUAAUCUCUACCAAAUGAUCAAUGAAGCGAUAGCUGACAUUCGAGAUCCUAAGGUUGCGUCUUUGAAUGCAGCUGGUCCUUUCUGGCUUCUUCAGCUCUGGAUGAAUGCGGUUUUCGAGCCAUCUCUUCCAGCCAAGAACCCUCCUCCUACGGUGUCUAACACAAGGAUCGAUGCUUUCAGGCUUGAGGCUCUCACCCCUCCUUAUGAUGCUUCCACGUUCGAGUUUGACUUCAAGAAGUAUUUUACCCUGUUUUUCGAGCUGAAGCGUUUCCGCUCGAGCUUUGCACCGUACCACAAACCUUCUUAUGGCCCUCGGUGGCUAAGGAACUCUUACCCCAAUCUUCCUGGCUCAGAGAACCUCUCUCAGCAUCAAGUCGAGCUUUGGCAGACUAUAUUGUCUCCCAGGGUGUUAACCAUCAACUUUGCCAGUAAUGAUUUUACUCUUUGCGGUUACAAUCCUCAGCUUGUGUCUCGACAGUUUGGGCUGAGUCAAGAUUUGCCCAAUACCUUGUUCGACAAAUCCCUCAUCCUCUAUCCUGGUACCAUCACCAAACGUAGUGUUUUCGACACUACCAUUAGUUACUAUAACGAGGAGGAGCUACUUGGUCUUAGUCCUUUCAGUUUCACUCCAUCCUUUUACGUCACCCAGGCGUUCAAGGCUUGGUGGUCUGCUUAUUGGCAUGAUAUUUCGACGCCAAUUGAGGAUUGCUUCCAGCGCAUAACAAACAUUUUUCUUUUGCAGAGGCAGGCCCCAAAGAAAACUAAAGCUGAACCAAUUCCUCGACCGACCCCUCAUGCUUCUCCUCGGGUGGCUUCUGCGAUUGUUGAAGUGGAGGAUGAUGAUGAUGAUGAUGACGUUGCCUUGGCUGAUAAGCUCAAGAUUCCUAAGAGUCGAAAACGGGGGGCCACCCCUACUACUUCUGCGAGCCAAAAGAGGGCUAAAGGUGCUGGUGAACCUUCUGCGGGCAAUCCCUCCCCUGCUAAAUCAGCCAGUCAACGUGAGGAAGUGCAGCAAGGUGGUGAACAAGGUGUUGAUGAGCAGGCUUCUAAUCCUCUGCUUCAAGGUACUACACCGAUUCCUGUCGAGAUGGCUCAAGCCAAGAAGACCUCCGGGAAAAGGUCUAGUCGCAAAUCUGGUAGCUCCUCUUCCCACCAUUCUAAAAGUUCAACCAGUUCCAGCCCCCUCAAAGCAUCUGGCCCUAAGAUUGCAGGACAAACCCUAGAUUACAACAACAAGGACUCAAACCGGGAUCAAGCAAUGAAAGACCAAUAUAGGGCAUCUGCCGGGGACUGAAACCCAACAAAAAGCUGAGCCCAACAUAAGCAUUGGGGGAUACUUUUCA